CUUCUUUAGCUACAUAUGUACACAGCAAAGUCUGGGAAACAAAAAGGAACCGGGUUGGAUUUCGAAGCUUUGAAGCGACAUGGAUAUAAGGGAGGAUUAUCUGUGUUGAAUGUGCCUCCUCCAAAAGAGAAACCAGACUGGUCUUGGUCAACUGGCAGAGACAGCAGUGAAACCAGGGAUGUUAAAGAAUCUUUCGAGGACAGACAGAAAACAAGGGCUGCGGUAUUGGAUGUGGCGGAGCUGGCUAAUGUACAAACUCGGAAAGAGAAGCAGAGUGUUUCUUUUUCACAGAAGGAGAAGCGGAAAAGAGAACUCGGUCAGGCUGGCAGGGGGAAGAAUUAUGUCGAAGAAGAGAACAGGUUGCUCCGGGACAGUGGCAUCUAUUCUGGUUUUGAUACUUGAUUUAUGAGGGAGGGAAUGACUAAUG